AUGGAAAUCCUAUUUCCAAAUAUAAUUUUUGAAUUUCUAUUUUUAGAUGGUGUUUUAUCACGGGACGACAAGAAAGACGAGGCCUGUGGGGAUGUGCUCCUACGCAUUGAGUACCGAACUAACGACAGGAAAUUGGCAGAGGAGCAAGCCAAAGAGUGGGCAGAGCAGGAGAAACGGGAAGAGAAACGCCUCAAGGAAAUCGCCAAGAAUCAGAACCAACCCGAUUACAACAAGCUGUACGAAAGCCUGUUUAUGAAGUAUGUGAGUGAGAUGUAUGGAAGCCUACAUCCGAAUUAUGGGAGUGAGAUGUAUGGAAGCCUACUUACGAAUUAUGUGA